GAAAAAGAUAAAUCAAAUCAACCAUCAAACUCGAAAGAAACUGAUACAAGAAAAAAUCCACUUGAAUCAAUUACAGAUCCAACAAGACGAGAUGAAAUAGAAAGAGGAGGUAUGAUAAUGGGACCACAACAUCCAGGAUUUCGUUCAGAAAGCCAAGAAAUCCAACAAAACGAUGACCAAACACAACAAUUAAGAUUACCUCAAGGAAGCAUACCUCCUGGAGCACGAUUUGAUCCUAUUGUACCUGAUGAUCAAACACGUCCUGAUCAUUAUGGACAUCGACCGAUUGCCGGACCAGAUAAUGAUGAAUUAUUACCACAUGGUCAAGAAGCACCAAAAGUUAAACAACAAAUACCUUCUAAAGUGAAACCACCAAUAUUUCAAGAAUUUGGAAGAGGAAAUUUUAGUGGUGGAGGAGGAUUUCCUUUCUAAUUUAUACUUUAUAUAGUAAUGAUGAUAAAGUUGGGAAAAAUUCCCAUAAAAGUUAAAAGUCACAUGAUAUUAUUAAGUUUAUCUUAUAACUAGAUGACUAGGUUAAGUUAAAAGUCCAUGAUUAUUUUCAUACUCCUUAAUUUUUUUACA